CUCCGUAAUGUAGGUACGGGGAGUAAGUAACCUCACAAACCCCCACUUCAUCUCAUUGCUCGGAACAUACAAUUCCAACUGCACAAAAUCAUAACAGCAUAUCACAAAGACGACUUCACAGUUCAAACACAUAAAAAGAAGUCUAUCAAAACAAUGCCGUCACUCACAUUUCUUGAUCUCCCGGGAGAGAUUCGUAAUCAAAUCUACCACAUCCUCCUCGUCAUCCGACCCAUCUCAAUUCCCCGUCCUCUCUUCACUGACCCACCAAUAUGUCCACAAAUAUUAUCCGUAUGCCGAAAAGUCCACGAUGAAGCCGAACAAAUCCUUUACGGCUGCAAUGUUUUUAUAGCCCAUGCCAAUCUCCUAACAGGCCUGCCGCGUCUGCGUUGGCACUAUGAUCCGAUCAGCUCGCCUAGAGUGAUCUCGAUUAUCAAAAAAUACUAUAUCGUUGUGCGACUGGAGUGCGAUCCGAAUUUCUCUGCGAGAAAAGCAAUGGAUGCCUUUAGUGGAAUGGAAGAAUUGACAAUCAGGGUGGAGCAAUCUGCAUACAGGGGCUCGGGCUCGGAUUACAGGGCGUUGAGGCUCUUUGAGAAUGUCAGAGGAGUGAAGGAAACAAAUGUUUCUGGAAGUGUGACUGGCUUCCCUGUGUAUGCUGAGUGGUUGAAGGAUGUGAUGAAGAUGCCAGAGGAUGCUCAUAUUCUUCCGUUUGAGGGUAGAAAGAUGGAAUCAUUGAAUUUCUCUGGGCUGGAAAUUUAAGAAUUUGUGUCCAGUUUGCAUGCACUAGAGGUGGAUAUGCAAAGGACUUGGUCUGAUGGUAGGCUGCAAAUGAUCAAACACACAAUAUGGUACCUUCAUCAAGUAUCUGAGCUAGUAGUGCUUCGUUGGGUAGUUUUUGCUCAUUUCUACGGAAACUUGUGUACAGAAACUUGCUUGUGGGAACUUGGCUAUCAACAUGUCAAACAGCAAACAGUCAUCGAGACCCAGUCAAACCAUGAAUCUGAGUGGGUUGCAUCUUCUUCAAUCGAGUACCUCAUAUUCAGGAUGUAGUGGAUGAAAUGUUUAUGUUUCUGAGAUCGUGCCAACUUCAUGCGAUAAAGGGGUCAUAUUGAUAUCAGUUAAUUAAAUCUAUGGCGUCUAGUAUUGGAUUUUGAAUGGAUUCUUAAGGACCCAGGGUUUCAUGCUUAGAGACUAGUGAACCUUUCCAAUACAUUGGAACUUUCAAAUAUUCAUUGUUGGAAGCAGAACACCAGUGAGGUAUGCCAGCAGGUUUAAU